CUCGUAGAAUGUUCCAACUACAAAUUUCUAAUCGAAUCCAACAGAGCAAGAACGUACUUCAACACUUCAACUGUGUUGUGCGACACAUCCCUGUCGGGAUGGUACAGAUUCAGCGGAAGAGCUGGCAAUCAGAUGGCUGAUUCGUGUGUUGAUCAUAAACACUGCGGUACAGCCGCUCCCGGAUGGAUGAAUGGAGGUCAUCCGUCAGUAGCUGAAAGAGUGGUUUCGCGCUCAGUUUGUUUUCGAUCAAAAUCAAAUUGCUGCAAGUGGUCGAUUGUCAUCAGUGUCCGUAACUGCGGAGGCUUUUAUGUUUAUUGGCUUCAGAGGCCACCUCAUUGCAACUUUCGCUACUGUGGUAGUGGGAUCCAACCUACAUCAGGUACAAAACGUGAGCUAUAUAGGCUACUUCACGUCGCAUAUCGUGCAGUGAUGGCAAAGAAAAGCACAAAAAAGUGUGCUGCACGUGCAGAGUUGUUGCUUUGCCCUAUUCAAACUAUUGCUUUUUCGACGUUCUCUUUGCCGUUUCCGUGAUGACACCUUAAACUCCUUAUUUUCGAGCGCAAAAGCCGCGCUACUUACUGGUUUGGUUGGUAUUGACUAUAUUUAUUCAUUAUUAAAGAGGAAAGGCCUUUGCUUUUUUUUCUCUUAUCGCUCUCCUCCUUUCCUUUUCCCGUCUCUUCUUUUCUGGUUCCUUAGUUUUUCGAGUAGGUGACCCACAUUUGUUAUUAAUAUUAUUAUUAUUAUUGUAAGUAGUAGUAGUAGUAGUAGUAGUAGUAGUAGUAGUAGUAGUAGUAGUAGUAGUAGUAGUAGUAGUACUAUUAAUAUUGUUUUAUCACUGAAUAUCACUUGAGCUUGCAACUACGUCUCUGGGAUGUAAACUCCACCUCCAAUAUCCCCUGUGGCUCCCCUUCGACUGAACUGUGAGAUUUCCGUCAGUCAGCGCGAAGGGGAAACGAGCGCGAAUGUAAACAAACAUGGAAAAACACUUACCAAGGGUAAUGUCGUUAUUACUAAUGUCAUCUCCGCCAAUCAGCAUUUCGCAUCGACCUUUUCGAUGCAGAUAUUCAAAUUUUAGAGACGUAGUUGCAAACUCUCUUUCCUUUUCCCCCAUGCUGCCAAAGCGCCCCGGAGAGCUUGCUCGCAGGCUAGUUUCUGGACGGCAAAGUAACUCGAGAAGCGAUGACACUGUACCCAUAAAAAGCGGGAAACUUGGCGCAAAACUCACGUACUGUGGUGGCUUUUGAUUGGACGUAUCAUUUUUGGCACAUGUGAAAUACCUCGUACGCGAUUCUAAUUGACAUAUUAUUUUUUUCACUUGUCAAAAAUAUUGUUCGCUCCUCUGAUUUGGCUAGAACUCCUUUGCGUAUGCAAAUAUACAUAUAUUAUGUGUAUAAUAAAAUGAAAGUUGCUUUCGGAUAAAGAAAAAUUUCAUGUCAUUUAUCAUUUGAUAAUUAACAAUUAUUCUACGAGUGCGUUGGAUUACCCUGGGUGCCAGAGGUUUUUCUCGCGUACGGCGGGAAUUUUCGGUGUUGACCGAAGGCCGACACAUCUUCGACCGUAGGCCGAAGCCGCGAGAAAAAACAAAACAAAUGUGGGUCACCUACUCGCGCAAGUCACGAUAAAGACUUGACAGAAACCGGAAACCGCACUGGAAAAGUCUCUGGCACCCAGGGUAGCGUUGGAUAUGAGUUGGCUAUAAUUAUCUCAUAUCCAACAAGAGCGAGUGGAAUAAUUGUUUUUAUUAAAAACGCCCACAAAAUAUCGAGUAUUCUUCCCGACUUUAUUUGUAAAACAACCGAUUUUCAGCUUAUUUUUAAUUUUGAGCAGGCGCUUACAGUUGCUAUAUUUGGAGAGCAUGGUAUACCGGCUCAUAUACCAUGAUGGCUAAGCCAAUCAGAGCUCUAGAACUGCAUUAUCCAAUGAUUUAGUUUUUAAUAAUAAUCGUUAGUUCUGUAUAAGAGGAGAGCUCGAAAACAAUCAUACUCAAAGUUUCUAACGUUUCAAUUUCAGCUUUGCCAACUCACCAUUAUAAUUACUUCUCUCUUCACAAUUAUGAAUUUUCCUUGCACCCCUCAAAACGCAAGCCACAUGCAAAGAUUAGCGCAGUCUUGGUGAGCGGCUUUCUGUGCUAGAAUUUCCGAGUUCCAUUCCUGAGUGUGAUCUUAAAUCCUUGUUUCGACUUCUCUUCUUUCUGUGUNAAUUCAUAAUUGUGAAGAGAGAAGUAAUUAUAAUGGUGAGUUGGCAAAGCUGAAAUUGAAACGUUAGAAACUUUGAGUAUGAUUGUUUUCGAGCUCUCCUCUUAUACAGAACUAACGAUUAUUAUUAAAAAAGGUCGGGGGGUCCAAGGAGGAGUCAACAUCUCACCAAUGGCAUUUUGAUGUCUUACAGAAUUUCAAAUGAAUUGCACCUUGGCAGCCAUCAACAUUUCAACAGUAGUCAGUGAGUAGUGCAUGGCAAUCUGCACAUUGUAAAAAAAAUGAAUAACGCCACAUCAAAAUUUCUUUUUUAUUUACGGUUCCAACUACAGCACAGCCUACUCAUUCGUCAGGUAAGAGAUUUUGGCUUCAUUUUAUUAGUCCAGGGGUGUUAGCCUAAUUCUACACUUCAUUCCUAAAUGAGAACGCCGGAGAACAAGAAAAGUCUUUGCAUUUAAAAAGUGCCAACGAGUAAUGAGAAUUUUACUGCUUCUGCUCGGGAGGCAGCUGCAAGCUCUCAACUAUUUGAGAAAUUCGCCUUCGUUUGGGAAUGCGUUAAACGAUCUCUUCGCACUGCACAUUAUGCAAAAAUUUCUCCACAAGGAGAUUUUUCUAACUGUCAGUUUCUGUCGACAGUUUCCGAUUUCACCCGAACGUCUGAUCUUAGAAUGGUAAAUGUGGAGCCAUUAUACCAGAUUGAAACUAUGAAGUAGACAACUUUUCUUUUGUUUUGCAGUUUGCCCACACUUGAUCCUCAGCGAGACAUCAGGAGUAAUAACCAGUCCUAACUUCCCGCUAAAUUAUCCAGAGAACCAGAUAUGCAGCUGGCAAAUAAUAGCAAGAAAAGGAAAACGUGUAAAGUUGGUCAUUCAAAGUUUAGAAAUUCAAUACUGCAGAGCUUGUUCCUGUGAUUAUCUGGAAAUAGAAAAUGCCUCUUUUGCAGAUGGUACUCCAAAUAAGAAGCGGGAAUGUGGUGUCUUCUUUGGCAACAUAACAUAUUAUUCUCAACAGGACCGUCUGAGAGUUCUCUUUGUUUCUGAUAGCAGCCAGCGGGCGCGAGGAUUCACGGCAGUAUAUACUCAAGUGGCUUACAAUACCUCAAAUGGUAUGUUUGGUGGGGGUGUUCCAGCAACUAGCUCGCUAAGCGCUGAGGUCCCGAGAGUCUCUUGGUCUUCAUUGUUCUUUGACUUCUACUGCUCUUACAAACACAACUAACUCUUAACUCCAAGUCACUCCUCUAAGUAGCGGUUUUGAUAGCCUAAGCUGGACAUGUUUGGCUUAGCUGACCCUGGGGAUAAAAAUAAGGUGCAGUGUGGGUAAAGUUUGAAGCUAUAUGGUUGCGGUCGGCGAAAAGCUACAUGAACAAAUGAUAAACUAAAACGCUGGUUAACAAGCCCAAACAGGAACUUCAGUGGGACCAAGGUCAGCUCUAACAUCACAAACAUGUCCAUCUUUGAGAAACUAACAUCUCACAAUGGCAAGCGAAGAAUAUUCCUAAAAUGGCAUUAAGUAAAUUCGCGAGCUCAGCAAAAAUUCAAUUUCAAGCAAAAACAAAAGAUCAAAACAGGAAAAUACCUUUUUGGACAGAAACAAGACUAACCUUGACCUUAAUGUCACAAAAACAAAACAUAAAAGGUGAGACAGAUCUCAAAAAUAAAUUUCAAAAUACUUCACAACACUUGGGACCCUUUAUCAAAUAACGAAGGAUACUUAUCUUUACAGUGAAUUCCCUAAACCGCGGCAGGCUAGCUCAGUCGGUAGAGCGCUUGACUGCAAGAACGGGAGACGGUGCUAGUUCGAUCUCCGAGACCGUACUAGUACUUAGGGUCUUAAAAUGACUGAGGUAGAAAACAUUGCAAAGGGCUCGACCUAUGCGACCUAUGCGUAGCUCGGAUAAACAAGUGUAGAAAUGGCCGUCCCGUUUCCUCGAGGAGACGUUAAAAAAAUAGUGUUGUACAGUUCCCCUAAUGAUCCCAAAAAUGCUGUACGCCGAUACUUUCGUGGUCACUACGUACGUAAUGGACUAAAGUUCCUUCUUCUCUUCUUCUUUUUCUUCUUCUUCUUCUUCCUUACCCACGUUUUCUCUAUACAAAUAUUAUCAAAAAUAAACGAAAAACAGUCGUAAACAGAAAGCCUAACAACGUUUAAAAUAAGUACUUGUUUUCGACUAUUGAUAAGACUUUUCACAACCACCACUUCAUUUCAACACACUGCAACUACACUAUUCCUUCAUAACCAAAUUAGCACUUCCACAAUUACCUCACUGCAACACCUAAAAUCACUUUUACCUCCCUUCAUAUUAAAUUCUACGAGAAACAAGUCUCACUGACUAACAAACUACAGCCGGGCUUACAAAUUUACGUCCAAUAUAACUCAACGCCCUCCACUUCACGCAUCUCAACCAACCCCUGAAAUAUACAGCGCAACUGAACUACUCACACAUCCCUAAUACAUAUUAAAAAAGAGUUCGCACACGCGUCGUACAUCCACGCCCAAAUUUACGCUCCCACAGCUUCUUGUUAAAUCUGCUUUAAGACCUGAACGUUUAUACUGAUAAUAACAAGCCAUGUACAUCGUUAGUACUCCGCCAUUACCUAAUAUGGUCAGAUUCGGAGAUAGGACAAGCAAGGUUCGCCAUAUAUGAGGCCCAUACACCAAAACUGAUAAAGAACGUUGUCAGAGUUAAGUAAAAACUGAAUGUCAAAAUACCGCUUGUAACAUUUUUCCUUUUUAGAAUGUUCCAACUACAGAUUCCUUGACGAAAUGAACAGGGCAAUAACGUAUUCCAAUAUUUCAUCAUGGCCCUGCGAUACCAAUCUGUUGGCCGGUUGGUAUAGAUUUAGUGGAGGGGCUGGAAGUCAGAUGGCUGAUUUUUGUGUCAGUGAUUUAUUUCGAAAAUAUUGCAGCACAGAUGCGCCCGGAUGGCUUAGUGGCGGUCAUCCCUCAGUGGCUGAAGGAGUUGUCCGACGUAAAGUCUGUUUCCCUGGCGCUAUUCGGGGUUGCUGUGGAUAUGGUAGUAAUAUUAGCGUCCGUAACUGUGGAUCUUUCUUCGUUUACAAACUUCUGCCUCCACCUCAUUGUUACCUACGUUACUGUGGAAACGGUUUACCACUGGCGAGAGGUAAAUACAUGCAUGAUUUUUGGUUCAAUCAUAUCAUGCCUUUUUACACAUGUUGGUGUUAAGACAAUCAGGCAAUCCAGUUUUAUUGAUUUAGUACGUUAUCCUAGAGUCAACCUCGCUCGCAUAGGGCUUUUUCCCGCCCUUCCCAUUUUCUAACGGGAAAGGUCCAGGGAAUGAGGUUGUCCUAGAGUAAUUAUUUUUCCAGGUAAAAUAAAACAAAUUCCGAAAAAGGCCGAGUAAUCUAAAAUGUUAGUCAGAUGUAACCAAACGGCAACAGCAGUUGCUUCCCACAUUAAGUUCCUGUUCUGUAAAUCUCCAGAAUCCUCUGCGAGUAGCAAAGUCCUAUUGACCUGAAAUAGGUUCACCAAAUUGAGCGUACCCAUGUAACUGAUCGAUCCUAACUUCCGCUCUGGGAUCGCGCCAUCCAGAUUAAAAAAUAAACUAUUGGAAUACAAGGGUUAACUAAUGCUUAAAAAAGAUUCAGAGUGGCCUACUUCAGGGGUUUAAUUCUUAUUUUUCGACGAACGACCCGUCCCUUUCACAUUGCGGGUGCCCCCCUCUGGAGGACAAUCGUUUCUUAGGUUUUCUAAGAACAUAAGAAAUGUGAGAAUAUUAAUUGUAAUAGCACGACAAAACUUCGCUCAAAAUAGAUAUCAAACAAAUAGACGUUUAAAGUAUUCGAACCAGAAAAGUACAAGCGAAACCGAAAAUGUAAUGUUACCGGCACGUGCAUAUUGAAAUGUAAACACAAAGCGUGCAGCAUAUUUACAAUUUUAUCAUAAAUACAAGGAAAGUAGUCCUGUUUAUAUUUCCUGUUAAAUAAUGACAGCCUUCUUUCUUUGCCGAGAGAAUUCCAUUGUCUUGUAUCGUUUAAUUUCUUUCAUAGUUUGUGCUCGUUGACUCCGAUAUAUAUUCCUUCCAGUUAGGUAACUAAACGCCAUAUUCAAGGUUUUAAUUAUUUUUUUUUUAGAAUGUCUCAACUACAGAGUCCUAAACGAAUCCAACAGAGCAGUAUCAUACAGCAAUAGUACAUGGCAUUGUACCGAUACAACGCUGUCAGGCUGGUAUAGAUUCAGUGGAGAAGCUGGAUAUCAAAUGGCUGAUUCCUGUGUCAACAUGUCACACUGUGGAACGAUGUUCCCUGGCUGGCUCAGAGGAGGUCAUCCCGGCGCAGCAGAAGGCGUGGUCCAGCGUAAAGUGUGUUUUACUAAUUUCCUGGGUUGUUGUGGCGCCUCUAUUUACAUCAGUGUCCGGAACUGCGGAUCGUAUUAUGUUUAUAAACUUAUGCCUCUACCAUCUUGUAGACCAUUCAUACGUACCCGUUACUGUGGUAACCGCGGUGCUUUAUCACCAACUUCAACUACUUCAGGUAGGAACUAG